GUGAUUAAACUUCGAUCACGACCGUAAUCCGGAAGAUAACGUUUCAGAAGCGGUUAAUGUUAAUUGUAUGGUUAGUAUCUCGCUGUCUCCCCUUAGCGGAAAUGCAAGAAACUGCAAAUGAAUUAAAUUUAAAUUGUAUUAAAAUUAUAUUAACAUUGCUUUUAGACCAUAUUAUAAUAUAUAUACAUAUAAUCUAAGAACAACAUAAUUCGUGAAAAGUGAAAAGAAUGUUCUCUACCAAUCAGAAUCACGAGUGAUUCAAUCACGUUCAUUCUCAAUCACGAUGAUUUUUCACAGUGACUCGUGAUUCUUCGUGAUCGUUUCUGAUUGGUAGUAGAGAUGACUAGAACUGCUACUUGUGAAUCACUCGUGAUUCGAUCACGUUCGUUGCCAAUCACGGUGAUUUUUUACAGUGAUUCGUGAUCGCUUCUGAUUAGUGAAGAACAUAACCGUUCCUUGCACGCUGUUAGAAUCUUCAGCCUAGAUGCAAAUGCACCGUAAUGAAAAACACCCUACCUGUAUAUUUUACAUAUAUUCUACAUAAGUAUGUAAUUAACAUCAUCGAAACAAAAAUGCGAAUUACCUACACCGCAUAAAAUAAAGUAAACUAAAGAAUAGUAAAUAAAGGAAUGCUUUAAUGAGGAAUAGUGAAGAGUAAUGAAUAUAAGUCAAUAAUUAUGAAUUGCAAGUCUUAGUUUAAUUGUAAGUGUCUUUAGACUUUUACACAAUGUAACAUUUUAGAAAAUAAUAUAAUUAAUAUAUAAAACAUAAUACGAAUACUAUAAAUAAAAUACAAAGAACAAAAUAACAAUGGAAUAAAAUAUAUAUAAUAACAAAUAAGUAACUAUGUAUUGCUGUUCAAGAAUAAUAGCAUAGAUAAUGUCUCUGUUUGCAAUCCGUUUCUUUUUUCCGUUAAAAGUAAUCCUGCUUUAGAAAAUAUUCUUUCGCAUGGGACUGAAGUAGCCACCGCACAAAAUAAAUGAUCUACUAAUUUACUUAAUAAAAGAAAUUGAAAUUGAUAUUAUAUGCGGAUUUUUUAUGCAAACUAUGUAUAUUGAAACAUUUUAUAAAAAUUAAUUUAAUUAAGAUCGAAAAUUGUGAUCACGCAAUUCUAGCAAGAUAAAAGAACCACGAUCACGCUCGUGUAUGAAAUUAAAUCACGAUCACCCUCGUGAAUGAAAUUAAAUCACCAUCGUGAUCGUGAUUUUGUGAUCACUGUGAUAAAUAACGGUUAGUGAUUUUGCACGGCAUCUCUAUCUCUAAUUCAUACGUGAUAAAACAAUUGAUAAUUGGAAAUAUGUAAAAUGCAAGACUUAUGCCCGAUGUGUUUGAAAAAUGGCGUAAAGAAGAAAGUAAAAUUGUUGCAAAUUAAUUUACAAGAAGGUGUAUGGGUAUGUGAAGAUGAAAAGUGUGUAUGGCCUUUCGGCUAUGAAGAUUUUGUAUUUUAUCAUAGAGUAGUAGGAAAAAUAUGGUCUUGUUAUUGGGAUGAUUGUAAAUCAACAUCAAAAUUAAAAGAAGCUAUUGCAAUACCAACGAAAUCAGCAUUAUGCAGUGCAUCUACAACAUCUGAGAAUAUGUCAAAUGAAUGUAUUUCUAGUACUAUUUUAGGUAUGAAUCAUUCAGAAAGUAUUGAUAGAGUAAAUAAUAGUUCAAACACGAUGGAAACAAGUACUAAUCAUGUACAAAAUUCUGAUGAUAAAGAAUCAAAUAUAUUAUUACACGUUAAUAAGACAGAGCCAUGUAAUGUGAAUAAUAGUUUAAGCAAAAUAUCUACCACUGGUUUAAAUUUAGAUGACAGCAGUUUACAAUUAGUUAAUAACAGCACAAAGAAUAUGAAAAUUGAAAAUGAAUUUGUAAAUUCAUUGGAUGUACAUGUUAAAGAAGAAAAAGUUUCUUGUACACAAAAUAUUAACAAUUUAAGAGGAAUUCCUAAGAUAACAAACAUUGAAAAAACAAAUAUUGAUAUUUCUAAUAUUGUAAUAGGGAAUAAAAAUUCUGUUAACAAAGAUUUAGAUACAAAGAUUUCAAGUAUUAAUAAGACUGCAGAUAAUAUAGGAGGAAAAUUAACCUUAACAAAUAGUGAACUAUUUUCCAAUGAUUUAUUAGAAUCUGAAAAAGUAGUAAAUUCGAUACCACUUGAAAAUAAUCAACUUAAUAAUGAAGUAACAGCAACAAAAUCGAAUUUAAAUGUAACUAUGAUGGAAAUAGAUGGUUUGCCACCAAUAACAUUAUCUUUUGAAAUUCCUGCAAGUACAAUUCCUGAAACUGUAACGUCUAGCACACAACAAACAAAUAACAUAAACAAUAUUCCUGGAUGUAUAAUUAAUGCAAAAUCAAAUAUUUCAAAUGUGGAAAGUAUGUCUUUAAUACGAAAUGUAGCUAGUGGUAAACAGUAUGCAAAAUUCAGUUUUAAUGCUCUUAAGAAAAAAACCGAGCUAAAUAAUUCUGUUCAUACUAUUAAUACUGAUUCGUUGAAUACAAAAUCAAAUACUAAAAUCCGAGAUGUAGAAAAUGAAGUAGAAAAUUGUACAAAGAACGAAAAUACAAAUGAAUAUUUUAUUUCAAAUCAAAGUAGCAAUUCUAUAACAACAAAUAAUUUUCUAAGUCAAGAAAAUAUAACAUCUUCAGGAAAUACUAGUGUCAAUAUAAAUACUGUCUUAGAAGAUUUUUUAAGGGGUGAUUAUAGUGUUUCUGAAGAUAUAAACGAUGAAUGGCUAAAUUCAUUAUUGACUGAAUAACUCGAAAUGUAAAUCACAAUUUGUGUCUUUACUAAAGCAUUAUUAAACAUUA